CACAAACACCUCACACCACUCAAUGACUCGUCUGGUUGGACUUGGAGCAUUGAGGGUUCCCAAUGUCAGCCAACCAUGCGCCACUGUUGAACUCGGCAUAAACCUCGCUAAUCUGGCCAGAUGGAGUGAUGGUGAAAGUGUCGAUACCCUUCACCUCGUAUUGACCAGAUCCUAUCCCCUUUCCAACCCAGCGCCAGGCAAUCUUGUUGCAAGUGUAGAAGAUGUCGAGCGUAGUCACCGUUGGAAUUGGUGGCUGCGCUCCCUGACCUGCGAGGAAGGCCGCCUUGCUGGGGAAUGUCACGCCGCUGAUCUGUUCAACUAUUAGUUCACGACGUUCUCAAACAAUCGAAGGAAAAGAAUGAUGCAGACAUUUUGGCUGGCCAGGAGAUUGAUAGAGCCGCUAGUGUCGGUGAAAGAGUCGGCAAGCAGAGCAUUAGCCUUGGAGGCAAAAUCGGCUGCUUGAGGAGCAGUCAAGAGAGAGGCAAAAGUGUUGACGAUCGAUGUUGCUUGAGCAGGACUGAGGCAUGCAGUAUGGGUAGGAGCAGUGUAUCCGAGGCAAGAACAUGCGCUGCUGUAUCGCACAGAGCCACCACAAGCUGAAGCGUAUGUUGGCACUGUUGGAGUGGGAAUGGGACUCAUGAAGGCAGAACAAUCGGCCUGUCGAGUAGCCAGCGGUUGUUGUGCUCCAGUGCCCGUGAUGGCCCUAAGGAACUGUUAGGGUCUUGAAAGGAAUCUGAGUUCCAUUCGUACCUUUGCGCAAUUAUCCGCGUUGCAGACACCGCGAGCCUCGAGGAAAGGGUUGGCAUUGGCGAAGGUCAGCGAAGUAGCAAGGGUGAACAACAAAGCUUUCAUGGUGGAGGGCAUC